AACCGCCGCCUAGCAGCCUCCGCCCCCAACCACUCACCCAUUCAAAAGGCCAAAAAAAAAACAUCAGGCUGCAACCAGCUGCAGCUGUAGUAAAACCCUAACAAGGGUCUCGACGAAAGUGAAACAACACCAAUUUCGUCUCAACACACUAAACACUCUCGUCUCGUCUGUCGUACUCUUUCCGCCCAAAUUUUCACUUUCUUAUCCUUCACGAAGAUGUGGAUGUCGUGAAUUCGUGAUCAGCCUCUGGGAAACGAAGACUGUGUUUUUACCAUUAUUAUUAAUCCAUACGAGAAACUGUAAUUCAUAUGGGCAAGACUGGAAUCCAUUUGUUCGACGAUACGAGGAAUGGGUUUUUCUCCGUAUCCGAUUUGGGAUCUGAUUGGAGCAGUCUACAGAACCCCAACUACCUUCCUGUUGGUGGAUUGUUCGCGAGUGUUAAUCAGCUAGGAGCUGGAUUCGGUUCAGGACUCGGGUCCGGAUCUAUUUCGUCUCCGGAUCCUCCCAACAGAGGCAACAACAACAGUAGCUUCGCUGCCCAGCUUAAUGAUUUGUGCACAAAGUACUUGCCUUUUAAAGAAGAUGAUGAGGAGGAGGAAGAAGAAGUGAUUGGUGAGAAGAAGCGUAAGAUGAAGAAGAAGAAAGGAGGGUUGAACCUGAAGCUUAAGAUCUCUAAUCCUUCGUUGCGGCGGCUGUUGAGUGGAGCUGUGGCCGGAGCUAUUUCGAGAACGGCCGUGGCUCCUUUGGAAACCAUUAGGACUCAUUUAAUGGUGGGAAGUGGUGGCGACUCUACCACCGAGGUCUUUCGUGAUAUCAUGAAGCAAGAAGGAUGGAAAGGACUAUUCAGGGGAAAUUUGGUCAAUGUGAUUCGAGUAGCACCCGCUCGUGCCGUUGAGCUUUUUGUAUUCGAGACUGUUAACAAGAAGUUGACUCCAAAGCUCGGAGAAGACUCGAAAAUACCCAUCCCAGCUUCAUUGCUUGCUGGUGCCUGUGCUGGGGUUAGCCAGACACUCUUGACAUACCCGCUCGAAUUAGUCAAGACCCGCCUUACAAUUCAGAGAGGUGUAUACAAGGGAAUAAUGGAUGCGUUUGUCAAAAUAAUAAAGGAGGAAGGCCCGACAGAACUUUACAGGGGUCUUGCCCCGAGCCUUAUAGGAGUGGUUCCAUAUGCAGCGACAAACUACUUCGCCUAUGACUCCUUAAGAAAAGCAUACCGUAAACUGGUGAAGCAAGAGAGCAUUGGGAAUAUUGAGACUCUUUUGAUAGGUUCUUUAGCUGGUGCAUUAUCAAGUACCGCAACUUUCCCCUUGGAGGUUGCUCGGAAGCAUAUGCAGGUGGGAGCAGUUGGUGGGAGGGUGGUUUACAAGAACAUGUUGCAUGCUUUGAUACGCAUACUCGAGCAAGAAGGUAUUGGAGGUUGGUACAGAGGGCUUGGACCGAGUUGCUUGAAGUUGGUUCCUGCAGCUGGAAUCUCCUUCAUGUGUUAUGAGGCGUGCAAGAAGAUACUGGUUGAGAACAACAACGAAGAAGCCUGAGCUCUAUUGUUACAACUCACAUGAGUACUUUUGGGUUUGAUCAGACUAACACGAUGGCUCUGGUGAACCAAAUUUGAUCCUGGUUGAUGAUUCUGCAAGUAUCUGAGAAUGGCGUCGUGCCAAUUGAGAUUCACAGUUAAGGAGAUUUGAGUUUUAAAAUUUUGGGCGGCACAUUAUUGAUUCAAUUGGAACUAAACAUCCAAAAGAUUCAUUUUUUUGUUUUGUUUUGGUUCCUGUAUUGUGUUGUGGAUCUGACAUAGUUUUGUUUUAAAUUCUUUUCGUUGGCUCA